CAUGCACAGGAAAAACAGCAUUUGGAACUUCAUGUCAAGAACAAUAGUUAAGCUGUCCAUACGCUUUAAGGCUUUCUGGGGACGAGUUUAAUUAGGUGUGCUAAAUUAUGUUGUUGCUGUUUACCGUGGAGUCAGUAAGGACUUAAACUCGAGGACUUGUUGGUUGGAGUUGUGGAUUUAUUCUAUAUACCGGUACGUGACGAGCUCUUGGCCAUGUCACUCCCAGAGGAGGAUCUUACGUGCCCAGUGUGCUGUGAUAUUUUCACAGACCCUGUUCUGCUGUCUUGCAGUCACAGCUUUUGCAGGGGCUGUCUAAAGCACUGCUGGGACACGGGGAUACGAGAGUGUCCAGUUUGUAGGAAAAAAGCUUCAAAGUGCAACCCUCCAUCCAACUUGGCGCUAAAAAAUGUUUGCGAGGCUGUUCUUCAGGUCAGGAGGCUGAGCUCAGUGGAAGGAGAAGACAAGGUAAACUGCAUUCUUCAUGGAGAGAAGCUGAAACUCUUCUGCCUCAUUGACAAACAGCCCAUCUGCGUUGUGUGUCAGUCGUCCAAACUGCACAAGACCCACGACUGCUCGCCCAUAGAGGAGGCACUGCUGGACUGCAAGGACGAACUUGCUCUAUCCCUCAAGAGCCUGCAAGAAAAGCUGGACAACCUCAAAAGAAUUAACAUGACAUCCAAUACCACACUAACGUGCAUCAAGAGUCAGGCGCUGGAGACACAGAAAAUGAUCAAGAACCAUUUUGAGCAGCUGCAUCAAAUCCUCUACCACGAAGAGUUGGCUAGAUUAGCUGCUGUGAAAAAAGAGGAAGAAGAAAAGAUAGCAGGGACGAAGGAGAAAAUUAAAGAGCUUUCAGCCGAGGUGACGUGUCUGACAGAGACCAUCGCCAUCAUACAGGAACAGCUGAAAGAAGACGAUAUGGUUUUGUUGAAGAAUUUUAAAGACACACAAGACCGAUGUAAAAGCAUAAUGCUUGGUUCAGAGAACAUGUCCGGGUUGCUGAUUGAUGUGACUAAACACCUCUACAACCUCAAGUACAGAGUCUGGGAAAAACUCCUGGACCAUGUUGAUUAUACUCCCAUAACCUUAGAUCCAAACACAGCACACCCUUGCCUCAUCCUGUCUGACGAUCUCACUUCCCUGCACUACUCAAAGCAGCCCAGCGUAUGCCCUGACAACCCAGAGCGCUUCCAUAUGAGCGCUGAAGUGGUAGCCAUGACCGCACUAGGCUCAGGAAGUCACCACUGGGUUGUGGAAACAGGAAGUAAUCAUGACUGGCUCCUGGGUGUGGCCUCCAUGUCUGUACCGAGAAACAUGGAGAUCUCUGCCCGGCCCAAGAAUGGCUUCUGGACUUUAUGUUUCCGAGAUGGAGAUCUGAGAGCAAUGACCUCCCCACCCAGCCUGCUGACAGUUUCUAGAACACCUAAGCAGGUCAAAGUUCAGCUCGAUUACAACAAGGGAACGGUAUCGUUUUUUGACGCCACUGACAACACACUCUUAUAUGCAUUUACACACUCCUUCACGGAACCUUUAUUUCCAUAUUUUUAUACACAGAGCAGUCAUCCAUUGCGAAUACUGCCAGAGAGGGUGCUCGUCACAAUGUUGCGGCAAUAAGUGGACGACUCAUUAAUUCUUUAUCAAGCGAGAAAAUGUAAUCCCGGGAUGAAAUAAAUGUCAAACUAUCAAAGUGGGGAGGAGUGACCUGCUGUAAUGUUACAGCUGAAGCAGUCAUUUUACUGUAAUGAGAAUAUAUCUCCUUCUUCAGGCUUGAUGUACACUCACUGGACACUUUAUCAGGUACACCUUGCUAGUACAAUGUUGGACCUCCUUUGGCCUUCAGAACUCCCAUAAUUCUUUGCAACACAGAUUCAACAAAGUGCUGGAAACAUUUCUCAGAUGUUUCGGUCUAUGGUGACACGAUACAAUUGUUGCAGGUUUGUCAUCCGUGAUUCAAAUCUCCUGUUCCACCACAUCCCAAAGGUGCUCUGUUGGACUGAGAUCUGGUGACUGUGGAGCUAAUCUGAAUACAGUGACCUCACUGUCAUAAAACCCAAUUUAAGAGGUUUUGAACUUUGUAAUAUGCUGUAAUAUCCUGUUAGAAGUGGCCAUCAGCCGAUGGGUACACUUUGGUCAUAAAGCACAUUGAACACUCCAGUAGAGUAGAAACGCAUUAUAUAAGAACCAGUCCAUUUACCAUAAAGGGAUGGACACGGUCAGCUACAAUACUCAAGUGGGCUGUGGCAUUUUAACAGUACAAAGUGUGCCAAGAAUAUUCCCCACUCUGAACCUGUGAUGCAAUAUAAUCCCUUUUCUCUUGGACCGUUCUCUUUAAACUCUAGAGAUGGUUGUGUGGAAAAAUCCCAUUAGAUCAGCAGUUUCUAAAAUACUCAGAAUAUCUGGCACCAACAGCAAUCCCAUGUUCAAAGUCACUUAAAUCACCUUCCUUUCCAAUUCUGAUGUUUAAGUUGAACUUCAGUAGGAAGUCUUAGCCAUGCCUACAUACCCAAAUGUAUUGACUGAUUCUUAUAUAGCGCUUUUCUACUCUCCCGGAGUACUCAAAGCGCUCUAUACAACACGCCACAUUCACCCAGUCACACCCAUUCUCACAAGCACUACCUCUAUACUGAG